ACAGACGACAAAUGAGGUUUGUGACCAAAAUAAAAAUAAUGGUGGAUCCAUUUGAGGUUAUGAAAUUAAGAGUUAUAUUUUCCAAUAAAAAGUGAAUUACCCUGGGUUGUGUUUUAAGUUUUAUUAAUAUUAUAGAAUCGGUGUAAUGAGUUCGUGAGUCAGUGAUUACGAAGUAAAUCUCGUACUAAAUAUAUUAAACCUGCGGAAGUAGAACAAAAACGGAAUACCAAUAGAACCACUAUGUCUUGAUAUUGAUAAUCGAUUUCGAUUGUAGUUUUUUAAAGUCCAGUUUGUUAUUUGCUUAUAAUUUUAUUGCCCUAACGCAAAGUAAAACACCGAAAAUGCAGUGCUGCGUGCCCUUCUGUGAGAACACAUAUACCACUGAAUCUAAAGCUACGGGAAUUACUUUCCAUGAAUUACCCGAGCAAGAACAUCUCCGGGAUGCUUGGCACAGUGCCCUCGGCACACAAGAUCAUCUCCUGCCUGACCCGGCAGUGGUCUGCUCGCAGCAUUUCGUAGAUGAUGACUUUGAUAAAACAAACAGUUCUGUAAGGCAAAUUAACAGUAAUGCUGUUCCUUCAACAUUGCAGAUGUGCAUGAUAUGCUUGGAUACCAACAGUAAACUGUUUUUAAUGAAUAAAUACAAGUUGCAGGAGGCAUAUGAACAGCUUACUGGGAAGCCUUUGUUAAAGCUGUGUCGUCGAGGAAACCUGAAGCUGACAGUUUGUGUGAUGUGUGCACAGAAAUUAAACAACUUCACUACAUUUAGGGACUUGAGCUUGAGAACUUAUUCAAUGAUGACAGACUUAGUUGAACAACAUAAUUUGAUUACAAAGCAACAUGAAGAAUUGAUGAUCCACACAACAAAAGACCUGAAGUGUAAUUAUACAGUGAAAAAUUUCAGAGCUAACCAUUGUGACUUGUACAUAGAUCACACUAAUCAAGAGAAAACAGCAGAGGAAUCUAUAUUGGGAGACGUUACAGUUUUGAUAAAAAAUGAAAAUAUUUCUCACAGUGAAGAAAAGCAGAUGGAAGCAGAGGAAUUUGUAUUGGGAGAUGUUGCAACUGUUGUGAUGAAGAAAGAAAAUGUAAAUGAAUACUUGGAGUCAGCUCAAGAUUGUGACUCAGACAAUUCUAACAAUGACUUAUAUGAUGAUGGAUACUCUGACAUAAAGAUAAAGUUGGAGUCUGAGGCUAUAAAUGAAGCUAAUAGGAAAGCAGCAGAAUGUGUGUCUAUAAAAAGUGAAAGUAUCUUCGAGUGUUCAUUCUGUUCUAAGGGUUUUGUGGAAGAAAAUGAAUACAAUGAACAUUUAUGCAUGCAUGUCCAGAAUGCUGCAAGUACAUCACAAGUCUGCGAUCCUCAUGCAGGCUGCAGCCGUGACACGAUGAAGAAGACCAAGAAAAGAAAUCUGAGGCUGAAUGUACCGCGCUCAUCGGCAGUUCCUGUGGCUAUAAACUCUCAACUGUCCGCAAGACUUGUGACAAACAACGCAGUGCAAGCAACUGAAGCAGCAGGAGCGAUCCAGAAAACCGAGCAAACCCUUGCAACUAACAUAGAUCUGGACGACCAAUCAUGUCAGAGCGCCAUUAAAACAUUCACAGAAAUGACAAAAAUUGAAAAUAGUGAAUUCCAGUUAUAUAUUCACAACAAACCCAAGAAAAUUCUACUAGAAAAUGCACAAAUGAGAAACGACACUGGUGUAAAGGUUUAUUCUUGUGAGACUUGCAAUUACAGAACUUCACACAAAAAUAAUUUACAGAAGCAUAUCAGAACUCACUCCGGCGAAAAGCCUUAUUCUUGUGAAAUAUGCAAUUUCAAAACUUCACGAAAAAAUAAUUUACUUAUGCAUAUCAAAACCCACUCUGAUGAAAAGCCGUAUUCUUGUGAGAUAUGCAAUUAUAAAUCAGCACUAAAAAAAAACUUUUUAAGACACAUGACUAUCCACACUGCCGAAAAGCCGUAUUCUUGUGAGAUAUGCAACUACAGAACUUCUCACAAAAAUAAUUUGAUGAAGCAUAUCAGAACCCAUUCUGGUGAAAAGCCUUAUUCUUGUGAGAUAUGCAAAUUUAAAACUUCACAAAAAAAUAAUUUACUGACGCAUAUCAGAACCCACUCUGGCGAAAAGCCUUAUUCUUGUGAGAUAUGUAAUUAUAAAGCUGCACUAAAAAGAAAUUUAUUGAGACACAUGGCUACCCAUACUGAUGAAAAGCCUUAUUCUUGUGAGAUAUGCAAUUAUAAAAGUUCACUAAAAAGUUCUUUAGUAAGGCAUAUGAAAACACACCCUGGUGAAAAACCUUAUUCUUGUGAGAUAUGCGAAUAUCAAACUACAAAACAAAGUGAUUUACGAAAGCAUAUGAGAACCCACACUGAUGCGAUUCCAUCAUCAUCAUCAGCCUGCUCUAACGGCCCACAGCAGGUCCAACCCACCCUCCUUAUAGGAGAGGGGAUAUGGAGUUUAGACCCACCACGCUGUACCAAUGCAGACGCUCCACUGUCCGCAAGACUUGUGGCAAACAACGAAGUGCAAGCAACUGAAGAAUCAGGAGAGACCCAGAAAACCGAACAAACCCUUGAAACUAAAAUCACAGAAAUCGACAUCCAAUCAUUUCAUAAAACAUUCACAGAUAUCAAUAGAUUAAAAAAUUGUAAAAUCCCAUUACAGGAUAUUUACAAGAAACUCAAGAAAGGUCUACUAGAUCCACGGAAUGCACGGGUGAGAACCCAUACUGGUGAAAAGCCUUAUUCUUGUGAUAUAUGCAGUUAUAAAAGUUCACAAAAAUGUAACUUAGUACAACAUAUGAGAACCCACUCCGGUGAAAAGCCAUACUCUUGUGAGACAUGCAAUUACAAAUGUUCACAACGAAGUUCUUUACUAUACCAUAUCAAAACCCACUCUAGUGAAAAGCCCUAUUCUUGUGAUAGAUGCAAUUAUAAAUCUGCACGAAAAUAUACUUUGUUAAGACACAUGACAACCCACACUGGUGAAAAGCCUUAUUCUUGUGAGAUAUGCAAUUAUAAGUGUGCACGAAAAGGUCAUUUAUUACAACAUAUGAAAACCCAUUCUGGUGAUAAGCCUUAUUCUUGUGAGAGAUGCGAUUAUAGAAGUUCACAAAAAAGUAAUUUACUACAGCAUAUAAAAACCCAUUCUGGUGAUAAGCCUUAUUCUUGUGAGAUAUGCACUUAUAAAAGUUCACUAAAAAGUUCUCUAGUAAAGCAUAUGAGGACCCACUCUGGUGAAAAGCCUUAUUCUUGUAAGAUAUGUAAUCAUAAAAGUUCACAACAAAGUUCUUUAACGCAGCAUAUGAGAACCCAUUUUCGUACAAAGACUUAGUCUAAGAGAUAUGUUAAUAUAGAAAUUCAUAAAAUUUGAUUAAUAUUUUAAGAUAAUGGUGAUAAUAAUUAGUCAAAAAAAAAAUUUACGUGGGUUCUAAACACGCCUUGGUCCGAGAAGAGCCCACAACAAACUUGGCCAGGUUUUUCCUUUUUUAGUUUCACCAUCACCAUUUAUCAAUAAUAGGUGUAUUCAUCAUAUCAAUAGGUGUAUAAGUAGCCAGACAUGUAAUACAUUUCAUUUCCAAGCUUUUUGUUAUUUAUAUAUUCAAAUUUGCGUUUAAUAAAAAUUUUGAACUUACUGAGUGACUAAAAUAAAUAUAAAUAUAUUCAGAUAAUACACACAUCACUAUCUAGACCAAAGUAAGCGUAGCCUGUAUCAUAGGUAAAUAAAUAAAUGCUUAUUUAAUGUAUACAUACACCCAGACACUUGAAAACACACUUGCUCACCACACAAAUAUUUUCCAGUUGUGGGAAUCGAACCCAUGACCGUGGAUGCAGAAAGCAAGUCGCAGGAUUUAAACUUUAGGGUAUUGCUUAAACAAUAAAUGCAGGGUCCACCACUGCGCCACGCGGCGUUAAAGUUAACUAAGAUAAUAUCUACCUAUUAAAUAUUUAUUGAAAGCAAAGAAUGUCAAGGGAAAUUUUUUUCAACUUGGGAUAGAUGUACUGAAUUGAUUACCAAUAAACAUCAAUGCCAAUAAAUGCCCCGGCAUUUAUUAUAUAUUUAUACACACAAACUUUCGCCUUUAUAAUAUAAGUAGGGCAAGUUAGCCCUUGACUACAAUCUCACCUGAUGGUAAGUGAUGAUGCAAUCUAAGAUGGAAGCGGGCUAACUAGUUAGGAGGAGGAUGAAAAUCCACACACCUUCUACACGACAUCGUAACAGAUCACUUGGCGGUAGUACGCCGGUAGGAAAGUAACGAGCCACGGCCGAAGCCUCGCACCAGCCAAAAUCGUCGACGCUGCGAUGUCGCAACGCACUAAUGGAGCAAAGCCUUAGUACUUAUAUCGAUUUCUUUUUUGUCACUAACAUAUUCGCGUGAUCAAUAUCAACGCUAUGUUCGUAGAAGCGACUGCUUAUGAACGCACGUGCGUUUUUGAUUUAAUUUUAAACGCAUAAUUAGGUAAUUAAGUAAUGAUUCAAGUUGAAGAACGAAUCACAUGGAAGACAGCCUACAAUAGUGGAUAACGCUGAAUUGAAGAAGGAUAAUGGAAGCCGAUCCAAUUACAAUAUCACACACCUACUUUUAAUAUUGACUCGUACACAUCAAAUUAUUAAUUUUAUGCGUAUGACUAAAGAAAAUUAUGAAAAACGGGACAUGAUAUCCAGUACUGACGGAUUAAAGUGCUCUCCGAGGCACUGAGGUGUCGCACCACCAACGUUCCCCACUCUUUUUACUGGAAAUUUUUAGAAGUAAGAAAAACUCAGCAUCUCUCUGGUCCAUCUCGGAUCACUGAGUUAUCCUAAAAAUUACUUUCAAAGAGGAUAUUUUCGUUAAAACAGGUAAAAUUAUCUACAUAAUCCAUCCAUACUUCCAUACUAAUAUUAUAAAUACGGAAGUAAGUACGUUUGGCUAACUUCUGAACCGAUUUGGAUGAAAUUUGGUACAGAAAUAAAUAUGGAGCAGAACAUAGGCUGUUAACCUUCAUCUCAGACGAAUAUUUGAUAAAUAAUAAUAAUAAACCUUUUUAUUUCCAUUAAAUAGAUUACUUAUAAGUAUCAUUUAACUACACAUUUUAAAUAAUUAAAAAUCUCAUGUUAUGCCCUGUUUCUUUUUUCAUGGAUCUCUCGUUUAAAGGCCUUCUCCAACCUUUUCCAUUCAUCUCUCUCCUUUGAUAUAGGUUGUAUAGAGUACUUUAGUAUUUUAGUUGAGUACGAAGAAUUUUUGGAUUUACCGCCCAAAAAUCGUUUGUACUCAACUAAAAAUUGUCAGUGAGCGGCUUUGACUAUUUAGACUAUGGACCUGUUUCGCACCCAAAUUCACCAACAAAAAAGUCUGUCGUUUUUUUAGGGGAACGAGCUUAGACCAUUAAUAACUGGACGCGGUUCGCACCCAAAUUCACCAACAAAAAAGUCUGUCAUUUUUUGAGGGGGACGAGGUAAACUCACACAUCGAAAACAUUUAACACCAUUAAGUAUAUUCUGUGUCCAUACACUUACACACAACUAUAAAUUUGACUCGCAAUACACACACGCGUAAUUUUUACACACACUAACAAACACAUUGUGCACAGUAAAAAUAUAUACAAGCAGUAUACUCGGCCGUAUUUUUGAAAUAAAUAGGGCUGGCUGCCUCCAGCAUUUUAAUAACAUUUGACAACUUUGUAUUUCCAUUUA